GUCAGCAGGCUGCGGUGGGAUGGGUUCCUUCCUGCUCUCGGCCCUUGGGGUGCUGGUCUCAGGGCCCUCCUGCCGGGGAAGAGAGGCCAGGGUGGGACCAAAGGCCCAGGGCCACCGUGGUGGGCUCCCUAAACAUGGGGGUUCUGGAAAGGCAGGGCCUCAUGCUGGUCAUGGGGAGCCAGGCCCGGCUGCUGCAGCCACGCGUGGGGCCCAACAGAUGGUUUGCGACAGAUCCCACCCCCCGAUGUUGCACAAGUCCUUGCCACAGCCCGGAGGUUAUGCAGGGGGUGGGGGGCCUCAGAGGGGUCAACGCCUGCCCUCUGCUGGACUGCCUCUGCCCCAGCAGGGUCCUGCUGCCAGCUUGCUUGGUCCUGCCCCAGAGGCAGUCUGGUCCUCCCUGGGGGAGGGGUGGGAAGCCAGUUGAGCUGGAGGUGAGCAGGGCAGGGGUCCAGGGAGUGAUGGGAGGCCCCCAGGACGGCGCAGGCAGCAGACCUGGCCCGUGGAUCCCGGCUGCUGUUUCCCCCCGGGACACCCAGCCCACGGCCUCCAAGAACCGGCCUGGCCUGAGGCCUCUAGGACACUGGCGCAAGGGCUGGGCCUUGCCCGGCUACGUGUGGCCACCGGAAAAGAAGCUGAUGGCUGAGAGGGGGUGUGGGCCGGAACUCGGAGCAACGUGGCCACACUGCCCUGCCGCACGUCCAGCUCAGAAGAAUCAGAGCAAAGGGGGAAGGAACUGGAUCUCUGCACCUGGGCGCCUGGGCUGGCUGGGGCUGGGGGAGGAAAGGGGCUCCGGACCCGAGCCUUCCUCUUCCUGGAGCAGAUGCCCGCCCCCUGCCCACGUCAGGGACACUGCGACUCCUUCCCUUUCCAGCCUGGAAAGCCCCCUCCCUGCCCCCACCCCACCCUGUGCUGUUGGACCUGGAAAAGAGACCUGGAGCCCCCAAGGACAGCCUUCCCGCCCAAGUUCCUGCAGCUCUUCCAGCUGGCCAGGGCCGGUGCCCCCCCACCCCCCCGGCCUGGGGCUCCUACGGACACGUGUCCUCGGAUGGGGAAAAUGGCACAGCAGCCCACAGCCCACCCCACGGCCAGCCCCAGCCUGGCAUCUGCCUGCUGUGCGUAUGUACUGGGGCCUCGUGGGGUGUCCCCAGACCGAAGAACAGAACCCCCCUCUGAGAAUCUGAGUUCUGUGACGAGUGUCCUAGAGGCGGGCUCAGGUGGUCCGAUCAGAAGCAGCGGGAGAAACGUCAGCCUCUUGGCAAAGAGCUGAGCGCAGCAUCUGUGGCAAGAGGGUCUGGGAGCCGCAGCAGAACUCAGCGGGCGGGCAGAUGAAAGGAGAGCGGUGCCAGGUGGUGCUGAGGGCGAGGGCGCAGCUGUGAUUUCGGGGCGGGCCGUGCAGCUGCGGCUGUGAUUCGAAAACCUUCUCGGGUGACUGCCCUGGGGGCUGCAGAUGCCCAAUGCUGCGCUCGGCCCCGCUCGGAGCUUCUGGGUUUUGGGGGCCCUGGCCGGAGCCGCCCUUCUGGUGGCCCUCGGGCUCCUGUGGCUGCUUGGGUCGGCCCUCCGGGGAGCUCCGGCGCCCCAGCCCACAAUCACCAUCCUCGUCUGGCACUGGCCCUUUGCCACUCAGCCCCCAGAGCUGUCCAGCGACACCUGCGCCCGCUAUGGCGUGGCCCGCUGCCGCCUGACCACUGACCGCAGCCUGCUGGCCAGCGCCGACGCCGUGGUCUUCCACCACCGAGAGCUGCAGAGCCGGCGGGCCCGCCUGCCCCUGGCCCAGCGGCCACGCGGGCAGCCCUGGGUGUGGGCCUCCAUGGAGUCGCCCAGCCACACCCGUGGCCUCGGCCGCCUCCGUGGCAUCUUCAACUGGGUGCUGAGCUACCGGCGAGACUCAGACAUCUUCGUGCCCUACGGCCGCCUGGAGCCCCGGGAGGGGCCCGCACCGCCGCUGCCGGCCAAGAGGGGGGUGGCCGUCUGGGUGGUCAGCAACUUCCAGAGGCGGCAGCGGCGCGCACAGCUGUACCAGCAGCUGGCACCCCACCUGCCCGUGGACGUGUUCGGCCGCGCCAGCCGGCAGCCCCUGUGCGCCGACUGCCUGCUGCCCACCGUGGCCCGGUACCUCUUCUACCUGUCCUUCGAGAACUCCCAGCACCGAGACUACAUCACCGAGAAGUUCUGGCAGAACGCGCUGGCGGCUGGCACCCUGCCGGUGGUGCUGGGGCCCCCGAGGGCCACCUACGAGGCCUUUGCCCCGCCCGAUGCCUUCGUGCACGUGGACGACUUCGGCUCGGCCCGGGAGCUGGCCGCCUUCCUUGCCAGCAUGAACGAGAGCCACUACCGGCGCUACUUCGCCUGGCGAGAGCGGCUCCAAGUGCGGCUGAUUGGCGACUGGCGGGAGCGCUUCUGUGCCAUCUGCACCCGCUACCCCCACCUGCCCCGUGGCCAGGUCUACCAGGACCUGGAGGGGUGGUUCCAGGCCUGAACUCCGCCAGCUGGAGGGGGCAGGGGAGGGUGGCUGGGGAGCUGGAGGUGUGGGUAGAAGGCUGGCUGUUGAAAUCAAACCACUGGCAUCCGGCCCCCACAGGACACCAUCAGGCUGACCUGGAGGCUGGGGUCGAGGCCAGGCAGCAAGGGUUAGGGAGGAGUGGGCCCGUCUGGGUAGGCUACCUGGAGGAGGAGUCUGGUGGGUGCCGGAGCCAGUACUCGGGGGCCGAGGUGAGAGCAGGGAGGGAGUAAUGUGGGGUGCAUGUUGCCAAGGCCCAUGGAAGAUGAGAGAGGCCACUGACCCCCCCCCCCCCCCCCGACCUUGAUGAAACCUUGGGCGGGUCAAGGCUGUCCUCAGAUGGAGGCUGAGGCUGGUGGCAGGACCCUUGGGGCUGGGCACACGGCCUGGGCAUGUGGUGGCAGAACCUGGGCCCCUGGCCUCUGUAGCCGAGGCCCCCUUGUCUGAGAUGUGCAGGCUGGAGCUGGGGUCAGACCCGUGGGGCCCAGACCCGAGCGGGCCUUCCAGCUUGCUGGGCUUUUUGCAGCCUGCAGUCCCCUCAGGGCGGGGCGGAGUCAAUAAAGAAACAAGGACAAGAAAGGCA